GAGAUCUGCGCGCUGCACUCUUCAGUAAGACUCUCAGCACGCACCGCGCGCUUUCUAUCUGGAAACUUUCGAAAAGGAUUCGCUAUAAACUCAUUACCUUCAUGUCGGCACUGCUGAAUAUUUCCUCACCGAUGCUAUGGUUACCUUUAUUACGGUCUUACAGGUGAAUCUAGUGAUGUCCAUCUUGCUGUACGUGAUGUUCCUCGCGUACCUCUAUGGUAUCUCAGCCUCGACGAUGGACAAGCAGCGGCCCACGCAGGACCCCAUCAACACGCUCAUCAUAAAGCUCCUGCAGGCCGACAUCAGCCGCAGCCGACAGAAGCAGGACGAGGGUGCCCUCGACGCGCUUCCUUCCAACACCUUAAACACACCUGCAGUGACCGACUACAAGGAGAAAGUCAGCUCAACCGCCUACCAGCCCGUGACAGACAUCUCGUCGGAGCUGCUACGUCAGCACAAACGUUACAACUCACCACGAGUGCUCCUGAGCGAGCGACCUCCGCUGCAACCGCCGCCGCUCUACCUAACGAACGACUUCGUCAGUAACCAAGAGGGCAACAAGACGCGGCAGAAGCGAUACGCCGAGCACAAAAGCUACAGGGCCGAGUUCUCGGUGUGCGACAGCAAGAGCGAUUGGGUGACGGACAUGACCACGGCCAUGGACAUUGAGGGACGACAGGUCACGGUUCUGAGGUCCAUCAACGCGGGACGCACGAACAUAAAGCAGUACUUUUACGAGACAAAAUGUGAGACCGCCAAGCACCACAAGAGCGGCUGUAGGGGUAUUGACGGGAAGCAUUGGAACUCACAGUGCAAAACCUCGCAGUCUUUCGUGCGCGCCCUCACUCAGUAUAAAUCUAUGGUGGGUUGGCGCUGGAUACGGAUAGACACCUCAUGCGUCUGCGCACUUUCACGCAAACGCAGGACAUGAAAAACACUACAGCAACCUAACCACUGUCUUUCUAUUGUUCCCUGUAAAUAUAUAAAUUAUUAUUUAAGUUAUAUGGAAUGCAUAUAGUUUAUACAUGUCUAUGUAUAAUGUAUAAAUAUACUUGUUAUUUAUUUAAGUUUGCAAAGAAAAAGCUUUUUAAAAAAAGAGAGAAUGAGAGAGAGACUUGACGAAAACAUGCAAUGCCGCUAAGCUACAGGAGCAUUGCAUGCUGAAUUGUGCCUUGCUCACGUAGGACACGUCACUCCACUAGACCUGGACCUUGGGAACAGUUGCAAUGGAAAACACAGAUCACUCAAUAUCAUAUUUACUUCAGUAUUGUUCAUGAAAACCAGUUUUUCUACUGGAACAGGCUGCCAGUAUAUCCUCUUCGUAUCUGGGAAAACGAAUCACAGUCGGGAUGUUGUAUGAAAAUAUGUAAACUUACAGUAUAUGUGUAUCAAAACUGCAUGAAAUACCUAAGAAAUAUAUAUUUUUCUAAGCACUCGUAUUGUACACCGUGAAAACAUGAUGUUAGUGGUUUAUAGAUGGCGAGACUGAUGGAAAAGAAUCGAAACGCCACUAGCAAAGCAAACCACUGGAAUAUUAGUCACAUUCCUAGCAGAAUAUAUGGACCAAAAAGUAUAUAAAAUAUGGUUUAGUAUUUCUCAAAUUCAAUCUGGGCAGUGUUUUGAUUCUAGAUGGCCUUCUGGAAGUAUUUAGAGAAAAAUUCACAAUAUCAUUUUAGAAUUCGCCUUUAGCACAUGCCGACAUAGCAGCGGUAAAGGGGAAAGUGGGGAUGAAAGCAGCCAAAAAUUAAAGGGAUAGUUCACCCAAAAAUGAAAAUUAUUCCAUGAUUUACUCAUUCUCAAGUCAUCCUAGGUGUAUAUGACUUUCUUCUUUCAGACGAACACAAUCGGGGUUAUAUUAAAAUAUAUAUUCUUGCUCUUCCAAUGAGGGGCGUGAUAUUUUGAAGCCCAAAAAAGUGCAUCCUCCAUCAUAACAGUAAUCCAUACGGCUCCAGGGGUUAGAGACCUUCGGAAGCGAAACAAUGCGUUUUUGUUAUAAACUAUAAUAACUAGUUUCCGGCAGAUGGCCGUAUGCACCGAUUUACGGCAAAAGAGUAACCUCUGACACGACGUAGGAUGUGGUAGUAGCGUAAUUGACGCCUCUCGCGGUUUAAACAAAUAGGGCUGUGCAACAAACUUAAGCUCCUCUUCUCUUAUAUCGAAAUCCUCCAACAUUUCUCUUUGAAAAUUCUCGUUUUAGACUUCUAAUUUGUGACUGUUGUUUUUUCUCUAUUCUCUGCGCUUUCAUGUUUGUCAGUACAUCAUGGUCAAGGGUUACUCUUUCGCCAGAAAUUGAUGUGUACGGCCGUCUGCCGGAAGCUAGUUAUUAUAGUUUAUGAAGUUUUAAAUAUGGAUAUUUUUCUUACAAAAACCCAUCGCUUCGCUUUAGAAAGCCUUUAUUAACCCCCUGGAGCCGUAUGGAUUACUUUUAUGAUGGAUAAAUGUAUCUUUUUAGGCUUCAAAAUUCCAAGCCCCCUUCAAUACCAUUAUAAAGCUUGGAAGAGCCAAGAUACUUUUUAAUAUAACUCUGAUUGUGUUCAUCUGAAAGAAGAUAGUUCACCUAGGAUGGCUUGAGGGUGAGUAAAUCAUGGGAUAAUUUUUAAUUUUGGCUGAACUACCCCUUUAACUUAUAAGGGUCCAAUGAUUAAACUUUUGCUCACCAUUAGUAGUGCUGAAAAAGGUUCCUCAGCAGAUGGAGGAGCAAAGACUCCUCCUACUAGCCACGCCCUUUGCUAGAAGCCACGCCCAGCCUGCCAGAGUCCAAUCUGACCACCACGACCACCAGAAAUAAGCUUAGUGCACUUUUAGCCUCUUUUCGAUCACCUACUAUGAUCAAUUGCAACUUUACAAACUUAAAGAGCGAAGCCAGCACGAAUAAGAGCAGCAUGUAAACAAAAGGGCAACUAAAUGGGCCAUUGCUAAUGACACUGUAGUCUUACACAGAGGUAAAGCUGCCUUAAGACGAUGUACAUACGUGCAGAGCUGGGAUUUGAACACGUAAUCUCUCCCUUAAGAGGGUUUCCCUCUUGUCAGACUCAUCUUAGGAGAUAAGCAGUUCGCCGGUGUGCUGCAGCUAUAAAAAGGCCUGCCGUGUUUUCCUUCUGUACGUUUAUAUAAGGAGACCUAGUCAAUCGUUAGUCAUGAGAGAUUUCUAUGCUAUCUAAGAUGUGCUAAAUAUGUCAGCCUCUUCAUCAGAUUGAUUUAAUAUACAUCAGAGUAGAUCAUGGUUUGUACUGCUUCACAAUAAAUAUGAUAUACCCAAGACAACACGAAAAGCAAAGCAUCAGAGGCAUAUAGACAGCACGUUUAGGGUCAUAUGAAGAGCAGGCAGCUGCGGCUCGGCUUUUGUUCAGGCUUUUCUUUGUCACCUCUGAUUGGAAAAACUGUCCGAGCAUCCCCAAGGAACAACAUAUAGAACCCAACAUUUGCAGUAUUGGUGAUAUUUUUGGUUACCUACACAUAUUUAAUUCUCUAUCAGCAUAGCAGGAUAAGCCGGAAUGAGGUCCAAACCCAUUAAUGCAUGAAGUGAAGUGCCAAGACUUUGUCCUCCAAGUCCAAACAUAAAACUUUAUUAGCAUGCAAUCAUUUAUUACAAUGUGGCUAUAAAAAAAAAAUCGAUAUAAAUUUUUUUUAUUGCAUUUUCAUCCUUUAUGAGAGGGUUGUUAGAUAAAGGCACUAAAAUCAAAUUGGCUCUGUUUGUGACCGGAUAUUCAAUGCUUGUAUUGGGUGUGAAAUUUUGAGAAAGUGUCAGCUCAGAUUCGAAACACAACCACAGACCACCAAGGAUACAACACACCUUUUUUCGAAUUCAAUAUUCCGGCUGAUUACGUCCCGCUUCAGUUCGGCCCUCUGCGGAAAAACAGGAUAAAAGCUGAACACAGGAACUUUCUAGGAUACUGCUGGGAAUGGCCCACACAGUUGUCCAAAUGCAUUGCCUUUCCUGUAACAAACAUUAUUACACUGGAACAUGAGGAUCCCUAAACGAUUUUGUCUUGGAUGACUUUCACUGAAACAUUCCUGUGCAUUUUAUGCUGUCUUGAAAAGCCCUGCUGGUGUCAAGCAUGCUGUGUAGGAUUCUUGCUGCUUUAAACCACUACAACCGACCUUAUAAUGGACCAAUGGCCAUUGCUGAAACCCUUGGAUAACUCUUUUUAAUGCUGAAAAGGAAACUGUGCCAAAACACACCAAACUCUAUUUAAGGACUACAUGCUUCUUAAUAAUAUUCAGACAUGAAAAUGAUCUCCGGUAUGUCAAAAUUGAGAAAAUUGCAAGGCGAAUCUCUAUUUUAGUAAAGAAGAAAGACUCGUUUGCUUGCUGGUCGUUGUUUAGUGAAGUAGUUUCUUUUGGCUGUACCCAUAACCCAUUGUUUGUAUUUUUUAUUUUAUUUUAUUUUUAUUUUUUUUGAGAGAGAGAGACUUUUCCCAUAAUGUCUCUUGAAAUGUCUUUCUCAUGCUGAUACUUGAAGGAGCGCUGUUUAUCUGGCCUACAACAUCCUCCUCUUUUCGCUGCAAGGGCAGUCUGUGUGAGAUUUGUCUGAAUAAAGGUUUUUUUUUUUUUUUAAUCUUCCUGCUGAUUACGUCCUUUUGGGAAUCUACUGUAUGAAUAUUGUCCUCUGCAGGGUUUAAUAUCUCUCUUUGUAUGUUAAACAUUUCAAUCAUUCACAAAUGACCAGAAGAGAACCCAAGAAUGUUUCCCAGCCUUGAGUCGUGAGAUGAUCCGUGUUUCUGUAAUCAAACACUGAUGGUCUCUUUAAAACCCGAGUAACCAUGGGAAGGAGCAUAUAGGACUAAACAACCUUCAGUGACCUAUAAAUACAUUGGUUUGCCAGAACCCACAGGAAGAAAAUAGCUCUGGGCGAUGGUUAAUUAGCAUAUAAUCCUCUUGCGGUGUGUUCUUAAGAGCA